AUGGCAGCGGCGGCGGCGGCGUUUGGUGUUAGAGAGGUGGCGAUCUCCCUGCUGGUGGCGGUCGUCUCCGCCGUCUUGCUCGCCGGAGAAGCAUCCGCCGCCGAUGCGCCCUCCCCGAGCCCCACAGUCGGAUCCGCGACGCUCCUCCAAACCCCUGGAGUCGCGGUCCUCGUUGCCGGCGCAGCGUUCAUGCUCGGAUUCCUACACCGAUGA